AAUUCUAACACUUUUUUCUUUUCUAUGUAAGUUUUGGAAAUGGAUUUGGAGAAGGGUGUCCAUAGAUGGAUAGUUGACAUUUCUGAAUGGAACCCAUCUCCCAAUUACUUCUCUUUUGCUAUGUCCUUUCUUCCCCAACAUGAACUCUCCUCCAUUACCAGGUUCUUUCAAAUGGAAGAUCGAAAACGGGCUCUUGUGAGCAGAUUGUUGCAGUAUGCACUGAUACAUCAAGUCUUGGGGAUCCCAUAUAACGGAAUUGUCAUCAGGCGCACUGCUGAGGGGAAACCAUACCUGUUAUGGUUAGAACGUAGUCAGGAAUGUGACAAACUGAACUUGGAGUUUCCAAAUUUUAACUUCAAUGCAUCACAUCAUGGUGAUUUUGUGGCUAUUGCUUCUGAACCAAUAUGCCUUGUGGGAUUGGAUGUUGUUUCUCAAACCAUCCCUGAGAAAGAAUCAGUGGAAGAAUUCAUUCAGAGUUUCUCAUCAUACUUCUCAAGACUGGAAUGGUUUAAUAUAAUCAGUGCUGGCUCUUCUCGUCAGAUUUUGAGUGAGUUUUAUAGAUAUUGGAGUGUGAAGGAAGCAUUUGUCAAAGCCAUUGGUGAUGGUGUUGGUUACAAGUUGGAUACUAUCGAGUUUCAUCACAAAAACUGGGAAAACAUAGUUGUUAAAGUUGAUGGCAAAGAACUAAAAGAUUGGAGAUUUUGGCUUCUUGAAUUGGGUAAAGAUCACGUGGCAUCAAUUGCUAGAGGUCAUCCUAUGUAUGCCACUAGCAGUUACAAAACAACGUUGAAUCGGACACAAUUCAAUGACGAGGAAUACAAUUUAGGACUUCAUCUUCCAAAUACAAGCUUCAUUUUUCGGAAGGUAGAAGACCUUUUCCCCUCCAACGAAAACAGGUAGAAUGCCACCAUGUUCAUCGAUAAAUUGUGCUGUGUUGAAGGAUUAAGAAGAGCUCAAAGAAGUAACAGACACACCCUUAAUGCUUUCUUUCCCCAGUUUGAUUAUUGCAUGACGGAAGUGCUUGAGAAUUUCGAAAGACAUGAUCCUAUUAAAAGAUGAGAGAUAGUCAAACUUCUAAGCUAGGAGCGAACUUAGCUUAGAAGUUAUGCAUUCACAUGAACUCAGUAGCUUUUGUCUAGACUCGAUAUAUGUAUUACUGGAGAGGAUCCAAAUCCAAAGUUGAGAGCUUCGCGCACUUUACUACGUCUUCUUGUACUUUAAUUAUCUCUAUAUGUACAUUUGUUUGUGUCAUGUUGUAUUCUCAGCUACACAACUAUGAUAUUUUUUGCUAGUCUUUUUAAGCAUGUACUCAGUUUCAACUUAA